AUGUUCAACCUGAGUAGCCUAUUGAAGGCGACGAAAGUCGCCAAGCCUGCAAGCGCUGCCACACCGGACAAUGAAAAUGCAGACAAUAACGCGGAAGGGGGAAGCAGCGAGGCAGUCAAAAUAAAGAUUAUAAAUAUGCAAGAAUAUAAAACGAAGAAGUUUUUGGACGAAAGAAAAAAUGUGAAUGCAUGGAGUGCGGCCAACACCAGCGGGAAGAAGCCUGCCAAGGAGCCGAAGAAGAAGCCGGAGAAGAAGAAGGCAGAGAAGAAGAAGGAAGAGCCGAAGAAGGAGGAGGAGAAGAAAGAAGAGGAGAAGAAGGAAGAACCGAAUAAGGAAGAGCCGAAUAAGGACGAAUCCAAGAAGGACGAAGCCAAGAAGGAAGAGGCCAAGAAGGAAGAGGUCAAGAAAGAGGCAGCCAAGAAGGAGGCAGCCAAGAAGGACCCCAAAAUUGAACCCCCCAAAAAAAAAUUCGUGCCCUCGGUGCUCAAACAGAAGGAAGCCGCCAUGGCCAAAGCGGUAAAAGAAGUGAAAAACGAAAAGGUGGAACUAUUCCCGGACCUCCUGCAAGCAAAAAAAUCGACCAAAACAGAGAAAGAGAAAAAAAAAAACCAACCACAAAAAAAAAAUAAAAAAGAAAAAGCAGAAAAAAAAAAGCAAGAAGAGGAAGAAAAUAAUUUCCCUCCAAUCGAGGAAGUAGAAAAAAUCCACUUCAACAUUUUUGGCAUUGUGGACAUGAAGAAGGAGUAUGAACGGAUUAUGAGGAAUUCGGACAAGGUCAUGGAAAAGUAUAAAAAUAAAAAAAAAUUUGACGACACCAUGAUUCUUU